UGGCACUUGUCUAUGGGUGGGACUUUUCAGUUUCCAGUAUUUCUCGACUGAUAUCCUUCGUCGGAUAUAAAAUUAUAUUAAUCAUUCUACUUUUGAAGAGCUUGCCGACCAGUCACGGAGUUUCUUGCAACCCCUAGAAACAACUAUAACAAUGACAUACAAGCUGCAUAUGGACGGGGUGCUCACAGGAGCCCUGAACUGCUUCUGUCUGGCGUGCCACAAAUUCCUCGAGUGUCAGACGGAAGCUACCCAGCACAUCGCCACGGCAGGACAUAAGGCAUCCUUGGCCGCUGUACAAUACUCCGAUAAAUUCAACAAUGAACGAAUAAGAAGGUUCAAAGGGGGAUAUUACUGUGAGUUCUGCAAUGUGCUGCUGCCAAUUGCUUCUAAAGUCAACUUGCAUAUUAGCGAAGAAGGCCACAUGCAAAACAAGGGGAUUCUGCUGUUAAAGCCGAUGGCCGGUGCUGUGGUUGCAUUUAACGACAUUCUUAUCGACGAACAAUCCUGGCAUGGACUUGUCGACGGAGUAUGUUCGCUCUGCAAUGCAGAGUUUGAUGAUGAGGCUGACCAUAAAGCCGAUGCAAGCCACUGCCUGAACUUGGUUCUGAAGCCCGUGCAGUUUGCAGCUGGCAAUGCCAUCUAUCGUCAUCUGGACGAUGCCACUGUCCAAUGUCUAACAUGCAACGAGUUGUUCGCUCUCGGAAAGAUGCUGCAACAUUUCGAUGAGUCCGAGCACAGGGAAUUAUACGCGAAAUGUCGCAUCGAAACCAAUGGGGUUAGCCACGUAACCGAAACCAAAGCUCUCCCAACUCCGGGGAACGAUAACGAAGAGAAGGAAUCCAAUAUAAAAAACGACAGUAAUAACAACGAAAAAUUACCAAGCAAAGAAAAACCAGUGAUCUCAGAGUCCAAUGCAUCUAAGAAAGAUUCAGAUAAUGGUCGUAAUAAAAUACCCUCCGCUGAAGAGAAAGCGAAAGUACUUGAAUCCAUAGUAAAAUAUCAAAGUAAAGGCAUCAACGUGAAUUUAGAAACAGACACGGUUUACUGUAAAAAAUGCUCCGCAGUCUUAACAUUUGACUUUAUGGCUAUAGAAGAGCACAUUGACAGUCAUUCUUCAGCUAAACCGGACUCCGAUUUACUGUAUCCAUCAAACCUGGAUCAGACUCUUAAUAGAGUUAAUAUAAAUGACAAAACAACAACACCUCGUGAUGAUAAAGAAGACGAAGAUGAAUUUGAAGUUAUCAGAGUACCCAAGGUCGAGCGUGACGAGUCUCCUAACGUUGAUGACAUUGAUAACGACGAUGCCUCUUCGGAAGCUUCCACUGACACAAUUCCUCCAUUCAGAGCUUCUGAAAGAUGUAACGAAGAGGAAGAUCCUUCCGAAUUUGCCAAAGAAAAUCAAAUAACUUAUAAUAGUGUCAAUAACCAAUCUUAUUGUCGCAUUUGUCAGGUGCAUCUGCCAGCUUCUUUAAAAUCUAUGAAAGAGCAUGUAGCAGGAGCCAACCAUCAAAAAAAUGAGGCAGCUUCGAAAAGGCAGGAAAAGCCGUCAAAGCUUUCGAAACUAGAAACGCGGCGGUUUAUUGAUGCGUCAUACGAUGUCAAUGGAAUAUUCUACAAAGCCACUAUUAUAAACGAAAAAUAUUGCAUUCCACAUAAUAGCUUUUAUUUGCUAACGGAAAAUAAUUCAAGAUUAAGAUGUAUUGUUUGCGAGGUGACUCUGCCUCUGCACGCAGACGAGGAUGACCAUAUCAUGACGAGACAGCACAGCAUUCGAUUUGGAUCAGUGCCUUUCAUAACAUCAGAGGAAGAUGAAGUUAUUAGAGAGGUCCGUCCGGGUCUAUUCCACUGCGGUUUCUGCGGCCUGGUAGUGUCGGGCUGGUCGGACAUGAAGCAGCACCUCAAGUGCUCUGACCAUCAGGACAACAAGAGAAUUUGGGAACAUCGCCUUAUUCGUCAUCUACCGGCCUUGCAACGUUUCAAAUUACAUAAACGCAUGGAAGCCAUGGCUUUGAUGAGACUUUUCAAUAUGUUGUAAUCUGUGUGAUUAUUAAGUAACUAGGUUAUUGAUCAGUGUUGUUCGAUUUGAGAUUUUAUUUCAAUUUAGGUAUUAGUUCUCGCCAAAUUCAAUGGCGGCUCGCAACCAACUUCGGAGCACAGGUACGCACACAAGGCCAUACUGCCUCGGCGCUCGACACCCACCCACCCGCUAGUACAAGUGGUUUCUGGGCUGCGACUCGAGCCGACAUUGUUUAGCAACUAUCAGCCUUACUACAAAACCUUAAACACCUGUUGAACACUUGUCAAAACGGAUGUCAUUUCAACGUCAUAAUCUGUUUUUUUAGACAAGUGCUCAAUAGGCGUUUUAAGUUUUUGUGUUACGACGGUAUAAGUUUUGUAAUUUUUUGUUUUUUGAAAGUAUAUUUCAUAGUCACGCUAUAAUGUUAAAAAAUAAAUCAUUCCUGCUUUGUGUAUUGACUUUUAUGAUGAUAAUAUUAUGUUGAUUAUGAUUACCAAUUUACUUUUGACUUAUCACUUGUUUUUACUAUAUCACAUUUAUUAUAAGAAUUUCUAAUACUUUUUAAGAAUCCUUUCUUUGUAAUAUUUUAUUCCUUAUUUUUUUUAUUUCUUACUUCUUUUAUUUCUUUAAUAAAUGUAUCCUCCACUA